AUGCUUGACAUUGUUUCUCGGAUUGAUCAGCGGCACAUUUGGAAGCAUCGGUGUGAUUGCAUUUUCAAUUACAAGGUUCCAAAUCCGACUUUGGUGGCUACAAGGGCUUUUGUGGCUUCUUCAGAGUUUUUAACAUCUCGUACUCUGUCUCUUACUUGCAAUAGGCCUCCCCCUCCUCCUCCUCCACCUUGGACUCCUCCUUGUUUCGAUUUUGUUAAGAUAAAUACAGAUGCUUCUUGGGAUAAACAAUCUCUGCAGGCUGGUUUGGCAGUGAUAGUUCGAAAUAGUUCUGGUGAGCUCCUUCAUGGCAAGACGAGGAUUGUUAGGGCUUCUUCGAUCCUUCUUGCUGAAACUUUGGCCCUUUAUCAAGCCGUGUUGCUGGCCUUGUGUUUAAAUUUUCAAAAAGUUAUUUUUGAAAUGGAUUCCUUUCAUCUUGUGCAUCUCCUGAAUGAUUCCCACUUGCUACCGGAUUGGAUCAUAUCUCCGCUGGUGCAUUAUAUCCGCGAGAUCACGGUUGCUAUUCCUUACGUUAGCUGGGUUUGGACCAGCAAGAACGCCAAUCAAGCUGCUGAUCAUAUGGCUUCUUUGGCUCGCAGGAGGAUGGGCCCUUCUGAUUGGGUUAAUCAUCCUCCUUCUACCUUCACCCGUAUUCUCCUUUAUGAUGCUGGACAUGCUCCUACUUAA